AUGGUAUCUGCUAAGAGAAAAAGCCUAGAAGGCGGACAUGACAGCGCCAGUCAUCAGCAGAAGAAGGCCCCAGGAAGGAAGCGCGGUGCAAAGAAGCAAAAGACUCUGUCGUCUGCCCCCGCAGAAAUUACUUCAGCUGCUACAGAUAGCUCUGUUAUGCAGGAAUCUGUGGCGUCCAGUGAUCAAGCGUCGCAGACCCCAGAAACCACCACUAAGCAGCCUUCCAGGUUUUGGACCGACGAACUCAGGAUCUCCUUGCUUGUCGCCGUUCUGAAGGAGGUCAAUCACACAAUUUCGGAGGACGCCUGGCGCCAGAUUGCUGAAAACCUCAAACCAAAAAAGUCCAACAUCACUUGGAAUGGCGCUCGAAUCGAGGUCGGCCGUCUGAAAAGAGAACAUUUCCCCAGUACUGCGCCCGCACCGAGCGGCCCACACGAUCAGCCCGCUGAAACCCCGGAGGACGAGCAUUAA